UUUCUGUGUUUCAGGUUGCUGAGCUCUGUGUCUGCCACCCUGCAGCACUGCACAGCUGAACAUCAGCUCAACCUCGCAGACGUGAUAAGAAGACACAAUUUGGAUGACUACGGUUACAUCAAGAUGAUCAACUUCAUCCGGUCGACAAAAUGUGACGCAUCGUGUCUGACGGCGCUGCCAGACGCUCCCUUACCCUGGGAGAGUGAAGACUUCCUGCGACCGGUCCAACAGGACGACCCCCUGCUGCAGACAGACCCUGAGGAGCUCUGCGGCUGCGAAGGCUCCAGUCGGCCGACAUGCCAGUCGUCCGGGGCCGGGUCCCAUGAUGCACUCCUGCAGAGGGCGCAGGCCGCAGAGGAGAGGGCCCGUCUUUCAGAGGAGGCGCUGGCCAGAGCCAUGGACGACCUGCACAAACUCAAGCUGCUGGCUCAGGGUCUGGUGCUGAACGCAGAAACCAGCAAGCCCGGUCAACUGGGCGCCGUGGCCGAGCUCCGAGAGGACGAGGACGAGGCCUACUUCAGCUCCUACGGCCAUUAUGGCAUCCACGAGGAGAUGCUGAAGGACAAAGUGCGCACGGAGAGUUACCGCGACUUCAUGUACCGCAACCCAGAGGCGUUCAAAGACAAGGUCGUGCUCGACGUGGGCUGCGGGACCGGCAUACUGUCCAUGUUCGCCGCCAGAUCGGGGGCCAAGAAGGUCAUAGCAGUCGACCAAUCAGAAAUCAUCUAUCAGGCCAUGGACAUAGUCAGGUCCAACCAGCUGGAGGACAAGAUCACUCUGAUCAAAGGCCGCAUAGAAGACAUCAAGCUCCCUGUGGAGAAGGUGGACAUCAUCAUCUCUGAAUGGAUGGGUUACUUCUUGCUGUUCGAGUCCAUGUUGGACUCCGUCCUCUACGCCAGAGAUCUCUACCUGGCUGACACUGGCUCAGUCUAUCCAGACCUUUGUAACAUCAGCCUGGCAGCAGUCGGAGACACACAGAAACACAAUGAACGCAUUGCAUUCUGGGACGACGUGUACGGUUUCAACAUGGCGUGCAUGAAGAAGGCCGUGGUGCCUGAGGCUGUGGUGGACGUGGUGAACGCAGACACACUCAUCUCUGAACCUACCGUCAUACAGACGAUCGACUGUAACCGAGUGUGUCUGUCGGAGUUGGAGUUUGCAUCAGAUUUCUGCAUGAAGAUAACAAACACAGCAGACUGCACGGCAAUUGUCGGCUACUUUGACAUUUUCUUUGACAAAGGCUGCAGCAACAAGGUGAUGUUCUCCACUGGUCCUCACGUCACAAAGACGCACUGGAAACAGACCGUCUUCCUACUGGAGAAGCCUUUCUCUGUCCAAGCAGGGGAGGAGCUCCAGGGAAAGAUCACCGUGCGUAAAAACAAGAAGGACCCUCGCUCGCUGUUGGUCACCUUCGACCUCCGAGACAGGAAGCUGACUUACAGCCUGCAGUAACGUCAGCCGUCACAUGGUACACAACAUCCAUCAAACAUUGCCCACAUUCAACAACACGUGGGAGCAGGAUGUUGUUUCAUGUUUCAGAAUUGUUUCUGUGCCUUGUAAUAAAGAAAUAUGAUGUGACCAAUGAGA